CCAUCUGACCCCCAAAACAAGACAAAUCUACCUCUAGAUUUCUCGCACUAAACCCCAGCACCUCCCCACCCCCCAAAAAAAAACUUCUGUGAUUUUCUCUCUCUAGGUUUUUCCAUGGCUUCUCCAACUGCAACCACUCUUUUCCUCUGCUCCCUCCUCAUUUUUCUCCAUUUGGGUCCUCAAAUCCAAGCUCAAAUCGACAAGACCAGCUUGAAGCUAGUUGCGGAGGCUCUGGAGUGGCCGACCGCCACAAUGUCGCCACUGUACGAUGAGCUCGAGGAGGCAGACGAUGAGGACGGCGAGGACUUGGAACUGGACGUGGAAAACGGGUACGCUCGCAGAUCUCUGCUCUGGUGGAGGACGAAGUACUACAUUUCGUACGGCGCGCUGUCGGCGAAUCGCAUCCCCUGCCCGCCGCGGUCAGGGAGGUCGUAUUACACCCACAGCUGCUUCAAAGCCAGAGGCCCAGUUCGUCCUUACUCCAGAGGAUGCUCUAGGAUCGCUCUAUGCAGACGAUGAUGCUGUUGUUUGCUGGGUAAUUAGUAACUAAGUUUUGGGUAUUAGUGUUCGAGGUUGUUUUAUUGUUCAUGGCAUUAAGCAUCUACUUGUUGCCGCCGCUGCAGAAGUAUUAAGAGUGUAAUGUUGUUUGAUUUAAAGAACUAAUUAUGUUUGUGAGAAAUUAGUUAAUUAAUCUUGUGUUAUGGUA